AUGCCCGCAAUCGCUAGAUUUGCUACAUCGUUCAUCACGCUUCUCCAAUUUCACAAGCAAAGAAAUAAUUUGAGAAAAAUGAUCACUUCUCAAGAGUGGUUAGAUUCCAAGUGGUUAGAUGAUCCAAAGGGGAAAAAGGUUGCAUGUAUCAUAUUAGAUGAAAUGUUUUGGAGGAAUAUUUUGUAUACUUUAAAGUUAACAAGUCCUCUUGUUAGUGUCCUUAGAAUGGUUGAUGGUGAAAGAAAGCCGGCAAUGGGUUACAUCUAUGCGGCCAUGGCGAAUGCUAAAUCGACUAUUGAAAAGGCUUUUAACUUGAAAAAUGAACUCUAUGUUAAAACUUUUGAUAUUAUAGAUAAAAGAUGGGAAUGUCAACUUCACAAGCCAUUGCAUGCCGCGGGACACUACUUAAACCCGUCUAUCUUCUAUGAGAAUAAAAUAGAAAUUAUGGAGAAUGUAGAAGUUAUCGAUGGUUUACUUGAAUGCAUUGAAAGGUUGUCUCAUGGAGGAGAAGAAGAACAAAAAAAGAUCACCUCAGAACUUACUCGAUAUCAAAAUGCUGAAGGGCUUUUUGGCAAUAAAAUGCGGAGUGGUGGGCGUUAUUUGGAGCUUCGACUCCUAAUUUAUGACGAUUUGCUAUACGAGUUCUUAGCCUCACUUGUAGCGCUACAAGUUGUGAAAGAAAUUGGGGCAUUUUCCAACACCUCCACACCAAGAAAAGAAAUAGAUUGGCACAAGAAAAAUUGA